UUACAAUGGUGAUCUAUGGGGAGAAAAUACUUGUUGGGCCGCAGGGGAUUGUUUGCUUGCAGUACCACCAGUGGCCACCUGGAAGACGAAGCCCCCUGUACGUCAUCAGUACGCGACUACAACACCACCUCCGUCGGGUCUACACAUCAUACACACACGAGAUCAAGUCUAACAGCUUCUCUCACAACACCAAGACGGGAUACUGGUCACCUUCAUGCUGUGAACGUGAAAGCAGCGAUGUUGGCAAAAGCGGAGGACAAAACGCCACAGAAAGGAGGAGGAAAGAAGAGGCAACACCCCGGCGACGAUGGGAAAGGAGGCGAGAGAAAGAAGAGGGGAAGAGGAGAAGGAGGAGAGAAGAGUCAGGGAGACGGUGGCAGGAAGCGCCUGGACGCCCUGAGCGUGGGCUACUUCCGCAGAGUUGGGGAACGACUCGGUGAAGGCUUUGGAGAUAACGAGGAGAGAGAGAUGUUUGUAGAGAAUGUGCUCUCAGAAGUGAAAGGUAAAGCGGCGUUGGUGGCAAUGGACCAGACCGGGAGCAUCACUCUGCAGCGACUUCUCCCACUCUCCAGUCCCGAGCAGGUGGGAGAGGUGCUGGCUGAACUUGGUGGAGAAUCAGGCUCUGACUUAAAGGUGGUCUCUUGUGAUCGGUGUGGGGGCCAUGUGGUGGAAAGUGCCGUCAGACAGAUGUCCAGAUGGAUUGAGCCAUCGCAGAAGGAGCCAUCUGCUACCACAGAAGAAGAGGAAGAGGAGGAGGAGAGUUGUGGAGUGCUGGAGGCGCAGGUGUUGUCUCUGAGUCAGGUGGUCAGAGACAACUGUGAAGAGUUCAUCACGCAUGUUCACGGCUCACACGUGGUCCGCACACUUUUACACAUGUUGGCCGGCUGCCUGGGACCCCCCCGCUCUGAGUCUCGUCCAGGUGCAAAAGAGCGCAGCGCUGCUCCUCAGCUGACAGACUUUGAGAUUCCCACAUCAUUCUGGUACGAGCUGAAAAGCCUCACUGAGACCUUGAUGGGAAACAUUAAUCUGAGUGUGACAGACGCUGUUGCCAGCGCAGUGUUCCAGACCAUGUUGACUGUAUGUCACAGAAAGCGACCCAAGCUCUGCAAACAGCUCCUCAAACGCAUCAUGGAGUACCUGACAAGUCGCAGUGCCGCUCCGGGAGUGAGUCCACUCCUGGUCUUUCUAAAGGACCAGGCCUCUAGCCACCUCAUCGAGACGAUCAUCCAGCUAUCCCACAAACCCCUUCUUCGUGAUCUCUACAAGAACCAUCUCAAGGGUCAGCUGGUCGAUCUGGCCCUCCAUCCAAUCGCCAACUUCCCCAUCCAGAGGCUGACCUCGGCCUCGGCCAAAUACAAACUGUUCAUGGGGUUGUUUGAUGAGCUGGUCCAGGGUGUGGAGGCCAUCUUGGCUGCAGGUCACAUGGGGGUGAUCAUCCAUCUGGCAGAGAGCUGUGCGGAGAGUGAGGAGAAACAGGACGAGCUGCUGCAGUGUCUCCUGCGUGCGUUCCACUGCGCUGAGCCUGGCUCCCGACACGACAGUUGCCUCCCCCUCUUCAUGUCCCUGCUCACCUACGAGGUGUACUACCACUGUGACACAGAAGAGGGCAGCAGCAGCACGCAGACAGAGGUCCCACUGUCCUCCAUCUGUUACCACGGCUCGCGGCUGGUCCAGGCGCUGGCCAGGUUCAAGGAGCGCUCGCUCCUCCUUAGCAGCCUGCGCACCCUGAACCCUGCCGACCUCCUGACGCUGGCCUCUGACCCCGCGGGCAGCCACGUCCUCCAGGCCCUCAUAACCACAUCCAGCGACAAGGGGAGGGGCAAGAUCCUCAGGAGAUUGGAGGGUCUGUAUGUCCAAAUGGCCUGCUCCAGGUUGGGCAGUCGUGUGCUGGAAGCAAUAUGGAACAGUGCAUCAGUCAAUCAGAGGCAAAGCAUCGCGCAGGAACUCGUUCCGAGUGAAAACCAGCUGCGGUCGAAUCAGUUUGCUCGUCACGCGUGGGCCAAGUUUGCCCUCUCCCACUUUGUACACAGACGACCCCACUGGCAGGAAAUACAGACCGGCGAGUCCAAGAAGCGCAAGCUUUUCAGUGACAUUCUGGAGUAGAAAGUACACAGUUGUACAAUCUAUUGUUGUAUUUUGCUGAAUUCUUUGAUAAAAAUUGAAAUAUAAAAUUGC